AUGGUAUUUUUAACAAGAAAAAUAUUGCAUUUAUUCUCACAACAUGAGAAAAAAAAUAUCAAGGUAAAUCACUGCAUGAAAAUAUCUGGCAUAAUAAAAUGGAUGUAUAGGUAUAAUGAUUUAAAGAAAGAUGUUUUGGAUAACAUGAACAUACAAAUUAUUAAUAGUAUAAAUUAUAUUGAUCCGAAUAAAAUUAUAAAUAAUCUAAUUAUAAAUAAGAAUAAAGAAAUAAAUAUAGAGGAAAAAAAAAAUUUUUAUUUAAAAUCUUUAAAAAAAAAAAUUGUAUUUAAUUCCCUCUUACUUAAAACAAUAUAUUGUAAGAAAAAUUUUUUUUUUCAAUUAUAUGAAUAUAAUAAUGGGAAAAAAUGUAUUUAUGAUAAUAUGAAGCAUAAUAAUAAUAAUAAUAUAAAUAUGGUAAAAAAUAAUAAUACUAAGGAAUAUUUUGAUGUCACAAAAAUAAUUAUAAAUAAUAAUACAACGGAUAAAAGUGAGAAUAAUUUAUUUAAUAAUGAUAAUAAUAAUUUCCCCUUAAUUAAUAAUAAUAAUAAUAUGUUAGGGAGAAAUUUAAAAAGAAAAAAAAAAAAUUUAUUCUUAAAUAAUAAAAAUGUUAUAUUUAAAAAAAAAAAAUCGCAAAUUUUUAAUGAGGAAAUUAUAAAUACUAUAUCAUCUGAUACCAAAGAUGAUUUAAAAAAAAAAUCUAGAUUUAAUCUGGAUACGUUAUUAUAUGAUAAUAAUAAUAAUAAAAAUAAUAUUAUUAUAAAUUAUAAAUAUGAUCACAUAUAUGAUAAUUUUAAAUUAUUCGAUUUAUCAUAUAAUUAUAAUAGCUUUUUAUUAAAUAAUAUAUUAAAAAAUAUAUGUACAUAUAUAUAUCAUUUUAAAUUCUUAAAUAAAAUAAAUAAUGAACAAAAUAACGGGUAUGAAUAUAUUUCUUUAAUAUUAAUUUCAAAGAUAUUUCAUUAUUUCUAUGAACUAAAUUAUGGUUAUAAAUAUAUGAUCCAUUUUCUAAAUGGAUUAUCGGUUUUUAAAAUUAAAAAGGAAAUAGAUAUGGAAAAUUUAUCAUAUGAAUAUAUAAAGAGUCACAUAAAUAAUAAAGAUCAUUACAAUUAUUGUCAUGAUCAUCUUUUCGAAAAGGAAAUAUGCAUUUCUUCAAUUAUAAAUUAUUUGUGUGAGUAUGACACAGGCACACAACAAGAAAGAAAUAACAUAAAUGAUAAAAAUGAACAUAUCGAAAAAAAAAAAGAAAAAAAAAAUAGUAUUUAUCAUGUAUAUAAUAUAAGUUCAUAUAAUACUAUAAACAAUAAUGACAAAAACAAUUUUGUACAUACCUUUGUAUCACGUGACAUGAAAAAAACAUAUAUUGUUAAUAUGAAAGAAAAGUUAUUAUUACAUUAUAACAUAGAUGAUUCUUUUUUAAACUACUUUUUAAAUAUUUUGGGAGAAAAAUAUAAUAUUGAGAAAUUACCAUUUAUUAGUUACUCUUUUUUAAUGCAUAUGUAUAGUAUGUCAAAUCAUUUUAUUGUUCAUUUUUUUUCCUUGUGUCCACUUUUAUUCGUUAAAAAUAAAAUACAUGCUGAUAUUAGUAUAUACAUAAUUUUAUUAAAUUCCUGUGUCUUUUUUUUAUGUUCAAAAUCGUAUAUGACAUCUUUUAGUUCGUUUAUUAUUAAUACAAAAAAUGAAGGUGAAGAUCAUUUAGUUUAUAAAGAAAAUAAAUUAAUUCAAGAUGAAAAUUUAUCAACUCAAAGAAAAAAUGAAACAUCCGAUGAUCAUAGAAAAAUGUUUCAGGACACAGAUAAUGUAAAUAUAGUAAAGGAAAAAAUUUAUUCUUUUAUUGAGCAAAUAAUAAAUUAUUUAUAUAUAAAUAAAGAUAUAUUAAAUAACAAUCAAUUGUUACAUAUAUUAGAAAUAUUUUCUUUUAUAAAAUAUAAUAAAGCAAUGUUUACAUAUAUAAUAAAUACAUUAACUAAUAGUUUAUCCAUACUAGAUAAAUACGAAACAAUGUACCUCCUUCAUUCUUUGUCAAAUUAUAAUUUAAUUUAUAAUGAUAUAAAAAAUAACAUUUAUAAGGAGGCACUUAAAAAGGUAGAAGAAUAUACUCCACAAGAAUUAAAACAAUUGGAAUGUUAUAUGAAGAUUAAAUAA